UUGGGGUGUAAGUGGGCAGAGGGGAAUAGAAAUGUAAGGGUAAGUACAUUGCUGCUAUAUUAGUAAUACUGCCCCUGCCCUUACCUGCUGUGUUACCCACUGGGCAAGAUGGAGACACUUUAUACCCCCCGUGACCAACCUGCAGCCAAUCACUUGCACCCAGCGCCCAACAGCUGAAGGGUAUCUGGGGUUCCUGCUGGGAGUUGUAGUGCAACAAGAGCUCUGAUUGGCUGCUUUAUAUAAAUAGGCAACUGCUUCUGUCCUUAACUGUGUGUUACCAACAGGGGCACUUCCAGGCCCCUCCCUCCCACAAGGAGCCAAUGGGAAUGUGGGAGGAAGCGAGUGACCCAGUGAUGGGGAAGAAGGAUAAAAAUGAGGAGCGGAAGGAGAGAAUCCUGAAUCUCACACUGGAGAUUAUCUAUCUGCUGACUGGAGAGGGCUACGUCAUCCCUAAGAAGAAGAGCCCAACUGUGGGUUUGGGGGCCCUGCAUGCCCCUGGCUCCGUCAUACAGAAGGAAAAUGACAAGAAGAUCCUGGAACUCAUCUCCAACAUCAUCCAGCUGCUGACUGGAGAGGUUGCCAUAAGGUGUGAGGAUGUUUCCAUCUAUUUUUCCUUGGAGGAGUGGGAGUAUAUAAAAGGAAACAAGACCCUUUACAGGGAAGGGAUAAAGGAGGAGGAGGAGCCCCAGCAGCUCCGCCCACUGGCCUGUGAGUAUAAAGAUGGGAGCGAUGUUACAGCACAUACGGAAGCAACUUUAUGUUGUAAUAAUGAUGGGAAUCUCACAAACCCUGAUGUUUCUCCAGCGGAACAGCCCCCACCGGCCAAUGGGAUUAAAGAGGCUUCAUGGGAAGGUGGAAGCCAAUCAGAUUGCAGCAUUAAUCCCCUUACAGAACAGAUACAGGGAACAGACACACCUACUCCUAUCAUGGGGUGCAGCCUGAAUAACAGCUCGGCAGGGGAUUAUAUAUCAGUUGUUGUUAAAGAGGAACCGGCCUCAUCUGAAGAAGAUAACCAUUUUGCAGACCAAAUACAAUUAAUGGAUAAGUCGACUGUCAUGGGGUGCAGCCUGAAUAACAGCUCGGCAGAGGAUUAUAUAUCAUAUGACAAUAAAGAGGAGGCGGCUUCAUGGGAAGGGGGAAACCAAUCGGAUUGCAGCAUUAAUCCCCUUACAGAACAGAUACAGGGAACAGACACACCUACUCCUAUCAUGGGGAGCAGCCUCUUAAAAGUUCAUGGGAAAUACAGCUGCAAUGAGUGCCAUAAACAUUUUAGUAAUAAGAGAAACUUUGAUAAACAUCAAAAAACCCACAUGGGGGAGAAACCUUUUUCUUGUUCUGAAUGUGAAAAAUGUUUCACUAGCCAAAAAGAUCUCACUGUUCAUUGGAGAACCCACACAGGAGAGAAACCCUACUCCUGCUCUGAAUGUGGGAAAUGUUUUUCACAUCAAUCAAACUGCCUUGUUCAUCAAAGAACUCACACAGGGGAGAAACCAUUUUCUUGUUCUGAAUGUGCAAAAGGUUUCACUCGUCAAAAAGAUCUUACUGUCCAUCAGAGAAUCCACACUGGAGAGAAACCCUAUUCCUGCCCCGAAUGUGGGAAAUGUUUUUCAAAUCGAUCAAACUACGUUCGUCAUCACAGAACCCACACGGGGGAGAAACCAUUUUCUUGUUCUAAAUGUGGGAAAAGUUUUAUCAGUUUAGCAGAACUUACUGUCCAUCGACGGCGAACUCACACAGGGGAGAAACCUUUCUCUUGCUCUGAAUGUGGGAAAUGUUUUGCCUCUUCGUCAGAACUUACUGUCCAUCGACGGCAAAUCCACACAGGGGAGAAACCAUUUUCUUGUUCUGAAUGUGGGAAAUGUUUUGCACGUAACAGUAUUCUAAAAAAACACUUACAGAUUCACACAGGGGGGAAACCAUAAGCUCAUUCUCAUUGUGUGAAAUGUUCUGGCAAACAUUUCUCUCACAUCAUUUUCAAAAUAUUUUGCCACGUUAUCAGACCUUUGUCCAUUGAUGAGGAACCCACACAAGGGAGAAACCAUUUUCUUGUUUUGAAAGCAGCCUUACUAUUAAAGGGGACAUAUUGUGUGAAAAACAA